AUGGAUCAUGCUACACCCAACGUGCUGGGCCACCAUAGCCAACUAAUCCCACAGCAUGCUCACCAGUCCAGCAGUGUCGUCGAUAUCCCGGAUCACGACCCCGACAACAAUGCUGUCGGCAUCGCCAUCGGAAAGCUGGAGGAAAUACUUGUUUCUGUAUACGAGGCUUUGAUGAACGACGAAGUUCUCUCGAUCCCCUACAAGACUCGCCCAAACCCUAGACGGGACCCUGCUACCGCAACCCGCUCUCGUUCCGCGCCUUCCGUCCUCCAAUUCCCUGGCCGUAAUGAGAACGAAAGCACCAAAUUCAGUAUCCAGAUACCUACCCGAGUCUUGAAGAUUAUCCAGCUGUCACGCAGCGCCCUGGUGUCCGGCAACCCAGUCACCAAGAGGAAUCUCUAUUAUCAGUGUCCUGACCUGUUCAAGACCCAGGCCAUCGUUGAUGGUCUGGUAGACGACAUCGCAUACUCCCUCGGACUUGGGAGGGAUGGCCUGAAUAUCGGAGUCAUCAUCCCUAUGAUAAAGAGUAUCGCUCAGAUCGACUUUGGCCGCGCUGAGUGGGUGCUGGUGAUUGAAAAAGACGGCAAAGGAAACCCCGACCUACAAACCAAAAAGUUCCUCCACUUACUACACGUCGCAAAGCCUGAGCUACCAGUAUUUGGGCUCGUGGACUACGACCCCUACGGAAUCAGAAUCAUGCGCAGUUACAGCCAUGGCACUCGUGGUCACGCCCACGAGACCGGCGUAACCGUUCCAAGUUUGCAGUGGCUCGGCAUCAAAAGCGGUGAUCUAGUUGGUGCAGUUCGUGACGAUGCAGCAGAGAGGGAUCCUUACCAUAACAAUGAUCAACGCUUGGGCCUGAACGGCCAAACACCAGCAAGGCGCAACUUCGAGUCGAUCGACUUUCUCAAGAGCAGGGACAGAAGCAUUGCGUGGGGUUUGUUGAAAGACAUUCCCAGCGAUGUUGAUGACUACAACAUGGAAUGCCGGCGAGAGUUGCAGAUCAUGCUAUUUCUCAACAUCAAGGCGGAGAUACAGGCGGUAGAUGAGGCGGGCGAUAUUUCGAACUGGUUGGACGCUCAUAUGAAGCGCGAUUGA